CAGUGAGAUAAUCGUCGCUUUCAAACGGCAGGAAGAAAUCAUGGCAUUGUACAUUUCGAUAUGUCGUGAUUUAUGGAACCAAAUCGAUGAUUUGGAGAAGGAAACAUCAAGACGAGGUCCUGAAAUGUCUUCUUUAGAGGCAAAGCUGUUUUACGACAUCCUUACAUCUAUUUACGAUAAAGUGAUAGCGCACGAAACCGAAGUGGAGAAAGUCCUCACUGACAAUAAACUGCUGGAACACGCGCAGGAUAGUUACCGCUACACUCGAAUGAAGGCGGACGAUCUGAAAACCAAAUUGACGGAAAUUUUCUCUACGGAUGAAUCAACGUCAUCUACACAAACGAAUACAAAUACUCAAUCCAGUUCAACACAAUUGGUCGAAACUGCAAAAAUUUUAGACUCGCAGAUCCGAAAACAAACCUUCCUCAUUAGACAAAUCGAUUCCCUAGAAAUAAACGACGACACUGGUGCAAUAAAAGCAGGAAUAGUUUACAGCCACCUUUCUCAACUUUAUGAUGCCUUCAUCUCGAAUCAAAUUGAGAUCGAAGCUAACCUCAAGGACGACGGUGUCAUUUCUAAUGAACAACAAAAAAUUUCCAAGGAAACUCAACAAAAAGUAAUCGAUUUACAAACCAAGCUGAAACAAAUUUCAUCUAAGACGCAAUCUCUGGUAUUCCAAUCCGACGAACUCAAAUCAUCGGAAUCAGAAAGUGACCUUCGAGCUACAGCACUCCAACUUGCUAAUUUCAUCGUUUCCUCUCACAAUACAUCGGAAUCACAAUCUGACGAAACUGCGAGUAACACAAGCAACGUCUCCAUCUCACUCGAACAACACUUGGAAAUAUCUAAGGAUAUCCAAAAUAAGAUAAUUCGUCUAGAAACACUACAUCGUGAAAAGAACAACACUCUCGACAGAUUGGAUAAAAUUGAGAGUUUAGUCAAGGAUAGCAAAGAGCGUGAAAGGAAUAUUCUCGACAGACUAGACGAGCUCAAGAAUUUAGUGGAGGAUUGUAAAAACCAGGGAAAGGACACUUCAGACAGACUAGUCAAAAUUCAGAGUGUAGUAGAGGAUUUGGAAACCCAGGGAAAGGAUACUCUAGAAAGAUUAGAUAACCUCGAGGGUGUAGUGGAUGAAUGCGAAAAACAGGGAAAUGACGCUCUCAACAGAUUAGGUAACAUUGAAGAUGUAGUAGAGGAGUUUGAAGGCAGACUAGAUAAUGUUGAAGGCAUAGUAGGAGAAUGCGAAAAUCAGGGAAAGGAUGCUCAACAAAGAUUAGAUAACAUCGAGGGUGUAGUGGAUGAAUGUGAGAAACAGGGAAAGGACACUCUAAACAGAUUAGAUAACGUUGAAGGUUUAGUAGAGGAGUGCGAAGGCAGAAUAGACGGUGUUGAAAGUUCGGUGGAAGAUUUUGAAAGCAGAUUGUCGGAUUGUGAAGGCAAAGCAGACGAUAUUGAGGGUACAAUGACGGAUUUGGAAGGAAGACUGGAUGACUGUGAAAGUACAGUACAGGAUUGCGAUGAUCGUUAUAAUGAGAUUACCGAAAGACUAGAUAACAUUGAUGGUACGUUGGAUGAAUUACAGGACAGAGUAUGAAGAAAAAUAGUGAUACCCAUUCGAUAAGAUUGAGCUAAACUACGAGUAUUUGUAAAAAAAAUCUAUCAUUAAUUUUUAUUUUAUAGAGAACUUAAAACAUAAACUUACACUGUAGAAAAAUGUAAAAAAAUUAAGUUUUAUUAUUUCUUCAAUUUUUUAAUCUAUUUUUGAAUCAAUUUUCAUGUGUAUCAAGCUUACUUGGUUGCCAAUUAUAUUAUGCUCUUGUUAGAAGAGGUAAAA